UUCCGUUGAUGAGUUAUUAAUCCGGAAAAGCCGAAUCUGUGAAUAUCUUUCUAACUUUACCGAAGUAUAGUGGGCGCUGUCAGGAAACAAGGGGCCUAGUGGCGGUGUGCUGAAAAAAAGCACCCCUACAUGUGCAGGUCUCCGGGUCUGCACACAAAUGCUUCAGGGAGGCGGCGCUGUCACACAACAACUUCUGUCACACAUGACAAGAACAAGUCAGAGGGCAGAAGUCACAAGUAUUCGGGUCGAAUAAGGAAUGUAAAUGUCUGAGGAUAAGGAAGCCCAGGAAGAUGAGCUACUUGCUUUAGCAAGUAUCUAUGAUGAAGAGGAGUUCCAGCGGGCGGGGUCGGCACAGGGAGGAGAGAUACAGCUCUGUUUGGAGCUCCCUCCUGAUUUCAAGGUGGUUGUAAAAGGAGAGAAGACAACUGAAUAUAAUGUCUGCUUUCUACCUCCCUUGGUGCUCAAUUUUGAGCUCCCUGAAAACUAUCCAUCCACAUCUGCACCUGUUUUCACUCUCAGCUCUAAAUGGAUGACUAAAGUUCAAAUGAGUUCUCUGUGUCGACGCCUGGAUGAGUUGUGGGAGGAAAACCAAGGCUCUGUGGUUCUCUUCACAUGGAUCCAGUUCCUCAAAGAGGAGGCUCUGGACUUUCUGGGCAUCCAGUCUCCUCUUGAAGUCAUCAGGAGCAGCAGUAAGGCAAACAGUGAAAGAAGGAAACCUGACUCCACAGCUGUGGCGCAGUGUGACAGUCAAUCGGAAAAACCAGAGGAGAAGAAAACAGAGGUAAAAAAAGAAAAGUUUGAACAGCACUUUUCAUCAGCGUCACAACUAGAUCCACGUGCCGUUGUUUUGAUGGACCCACGUACAGACCCCCUGCCUCAGCUCCUGGACUUUGAUGAGGCCCAGCGGCAGAGGGCAUUUGACAGCAAGGUGUUCUGCUGUGGAAUCUGCUUCGUAGAGAAGCUGGGCUCCGGCUGUCUCUGCUUUAAGGAGUGCCAACAUGUUUACUGCAAGGCCUGCAUGACUGAAUACUUCCAGAUCCAAAUACGGGAUGGGAAUGUUCAGUGCCUUAACUGUCCUGAGCCCAAAUGUACCUCAAUAGCUACACCAUCACAGGUAAAACAGCUUGUAGAUGAGGAGCUGUUUGCACGAUAUGACCGUUUGCUGCUUCAGUCCACUUUGGACCUCAUGGCUGAUGUGGUCUACUGUCCCCGUCAGUACUGUGGCACCGCUGUAAUGGUGGAGCCAGACACGACCAUGGGGAUUUGCUCUGCUUGCCAGUAUGCUUUUUGCACACUUUGCAAACUGGGUUACCACGGUGUCUCCCACUGUAAAAUACCUGCAGAUGAAUUGCGUAACCUAAGAGAUGAGUACCUUUCUUCCACAUCUGAGGGGAAGAAGUUCAUGGAGCAGCGCUUUGGGAAAAGGGUGAUCCAGAAAGCAGUGGAGGAAUCCUUCAGCAGGGACUGGCUCCAUGAGAACUGCAAAUGCUGCCCCCGCUGUGGAACCAAUAUACAGAAAGUUGAUGGCUGUAACAAGAUGACUUGUACCUCAUGUAAACAGUACUUCUGCUGGCUGUGUAUGGGCAUCCUCAGCAGAGUCAAUCCAUACAGUCACUUUAACAACCCACAUUCACCCUGUUAUAACCAACUCUUCCACGGUGUAGAUAUGGAUGAUGACGAGGACUUCUGGAGUGACGAGGAGGACUGACACCAGCGCAGUGCCUCACUGCUUUGUGCGCCAUUUGAAUGCACUUUAUCUUUCAUGUUACCAUCACCUCACCUUUGGUUCUUGCUAAGCCUGAAAGGGCUCCGCGAUACCACUUAAACCACUUCUCUGAUAUACCAUUGGUAAUGUUUUUAAUAUGGUAAAGUGAAAGAAAAGAUUUCCGUUUGGGAUUCUGGGAUGGCAACAAACAAUUUUAGACCUUAUAGAGCUACAAACUGCUCAUGGAGUAGUUUAACCUUAUGUAUUUAGGAAUACAGUGCUAUAACGGUAUCAAGAAAUUAAAGCUUAAAAUCUAAGACAAGCUAACUUUUUCAUCUAAUUUGAUCUACAGAUUUUUUUCUCUCAAACUAAAUUUGCACAUAACUAUGUGAUCUGAUGUUUUGCAAAAUUGAAAGAAUCAAGAAGAGAUGGUGAAACCAA